UCUUUACUCCGGGUCCUUCUUGUGGAUGAAGAAAGAUGGCGGCGUCCAUGCUGUGCAGGAGGACGGCAGUGUUUUGUAGGACUUUAAAGGGAAUUUCAUCUUCAAAAACUGUACUUUCUCCGAACUGUCUACUGCAGACAGCGUCCUAUAACCCUAAGCCUUUAAAGCUGAACCUCCGUGAGCCGUUUGUUCCAGACAAGGACAGUGAGAAGACGCCGGAGUGGCAGAAGACGGCCCGGUAUGACAGGAAGGUGUUCGGUCGCUACGGCUCUGCGUCGGGCAUCGACCCUGCCUCGCUGUGGCCCAGCCAUGAGCAGCUGGACAAGAUCAUCGCAGAGGAAAACGAGUGGCACCCUCCGCUAGAGGUCAUGCUGAGGAACAUCGAGGCCAAGGAGAAGCAGGAAACCGAAAAACGGUUGGCAAAAGAGAAACUCAUAGCAGCUAACAUGGCCAAAAUGCCCAAGAUGGUAGCGGAUUGGCGCAGAGAAAAGCGUGAAACCAAGCACAAGCUAAAGGAGGAGAAAGCUCGCCGUGCAAAGUUGCUGGCUGAGGCCAGAGAGCGUUUUGGCUAUGCAGUGGACCCCCGCAGCCCCAAGUUCUUGGAAAUGGUUGCUGAAAUAGAAAAGGAAGAGAAGAAGAAGAAGAAACUAAUGAAACGCAGACUGAAAGAUGAGCAGGCAGCAGGCCCUGUCACACCUCCUGCUGCCUCCUCUUAGUCUUGGACUGAGUCAUUUCGGACAUAAAUAACUGUAUUUAAUGAGAUGGAAGGUGUGCUGCAUAACAAUUCAGUGGGACAGUUGUUGAAGAGUAUAACAGUUUAGUCUGUUUUGUGUUGACGGCAUCUGUAAUGACCGGGAUUAAAGAGAACCCCAUCCAUGUUUUUCUGUGUAAAAACCCCCCAAAACAAAACAAAGUUUUGCCGUAUUUGUUCAGCAUUUGUACAUUUUUCAUUUCCUCUAUGUAUUUAGCUGUCACUGAAAUACAUUUAUGUGCAGACUUUUUGUCUGAAAUGUUUAAAUGUAGAAGUUAAAUAUUACAAGAUUUAAAACAAAACAGACAUUCAUAUGUAGAAUUUAUUCACGGAAAAAUAAUUAAUACAUUCAAAAGUUUUUGGACAGUGCACGCACUGAUCCAGAUCUACCUAAACACUGAGUCUGACUAAUUCACACACUAAGAACAGCAAUAAACUGUUGUUUCGCCUCAUUUGGCAAGCGUCAGCCGUGGCGUGCCGUGCUCUUAUACAUCUCCAUUGCAACCCUACAGAGUGGGACAAAUGUAGUGACCCCGCAAUGCAUGACUCCGGCUGCACAGAAUACUGGCUGCUGACUGUGGGUCAUACAUUCCUUCAGGCCAGUUAAUUAUUUUCUAAGUUAGGCUUUUAAAACUAUUUUCUAUCAAAUGUAUGUGAAAUACCAUGAACAUCUCAACACCUUAAAACGUUGUCAUUCCAAAACAGCACAGUAUGCUAAGUUACUUAAUUAUGUAAUAAUCAUGUAGAGUUCAUUCAAUAAAGUAAUUACUAUACAUUUCA